UACGCCUACGAAGAUGGUGGAAGUUACUUCUUCCUUGAAGUGAAGCCCCGACAGAAACCCAAACACCCUGCACGCCGAGGACUGGGAAUCCUCCAAUUCGGUUUUCACAACUCCCCUAACGGAUUCUGGCUUUUAUCCCAGCCCUAUGUCAUGGCCAGUGGAGUCACCAAGUCGGGCACCUCCAAUGGUUACCCAAUGAAGGCACAGCUGCAAAUCAUCGUGCUAUCAGCAAAACUUAAAGAGAACAAGAAAAACUGGUUUGGUCCCAGUCCGUAUGUGGAAGUGACAGUCGAUGGCCAGUCUAAGAAAACAGAGAAAUGCAACAACACCCACAGCCCCAAAUGGAAGCAGCCGCUCACUGUGAUUGUGACUCCAUUCAGCAAACUCGUGUUUCGUGUGUGGAGUCAUCAAACCCUGAAGUCAGAUGUGUUGCUUGGCAUGGCCACGCUAAAUAUCAGCGAGACUCUCAAGUCAAAUGACAUGAAAAUCUCUGAGGUGGUGCAGACCUUACAGCUGUGUGCAGACAAAGACCAGUCAGACGUGGUGGGAGACCUGUCUGUCUGCCUGGACGGCAUGACUGUCGACCCUGAGAUGUUCGCCAACGCCGAAGCCAACAAUCACAGUACAUCAAACGGGGAAACACAGCCUAAUGGCGAUCAUGCUACAAGGCGGAGUCGAGACAACUCUCCAGCUGUUGACAGCAUAGAGCACCGGUCUUCUCCUGCUGGCCGGAGAUCAACAAACAACACAGGGUCUCCCUCUGUGUCAUCAGGGAGCUCGAGACCUCUCAGACCUCCCCGGCCCUCGAGACCUCCUCCUCCAACCCCCAGACGACCCACCUCAUCACCAGCAUUAUCCAGUAAUGGCUCCACUGCUGACACCAGUGACGGUCAGUCCGUUCCUGAUACACCAGUGCGAACAGCGGCCUCAUCAGCUCCAGACUCGAGUCCAUCGUCAGGCUCGGAGAGAAAUUCUGGAGCUGCAGCAACCAGACAGCCAACUAGCAGCAUCACCCCGGCUGUCACUCCCAGAGUCCCCGCUGUCAAUGCUGCGCCGCUGCCCCCUGGUUGGGAGCAGAGGGUGGAUCAGAACGGCAGGCUGUAUUAUGUCGAUCACGUGGAGAAGAGAACGACGUGGGAACGCCCCGAACCACUGCCCCCAGGCUGGGAGCGCCGAGUAGACCAGAUGGGGAGGGUCUACUUUGUCGAUCACAUCACAAGAACCACCACGUGGCAGCGCCCCACGGUGGAGACGGUGCGUAACUACGAGCAGUGGCAGCACCAGCGCAGCCAGCUACAGGGCGCCAUGCAGCAGUUCAACCAGAGGUUCAUAUUUGGGCUACAGGACCAGGCUGCUGCUACUCAGAAUAAAGAGUUUGAUCCUCUCGGUCCUCUGCCACAUGGAUGGGAAAAAAGAACAGACUCAAAUGGGAGGGUUUAUUUUGUUCAUCACCCGACACGGUCAACACAGUGGGAGGACCCAAGAACACAGGGGCUGCUCAACGAGAAGCCUCUACCUGAGGGCUGGGAGAUGAGGUUCACUGUAGACGGUAUUCCUUACUUUGUUGACCACAACAGAAGAACGACUACAUACAUCGACCCUCGCACUGGAAAAUCCUCACUUGAAAAUGGACCUCACAUCACCUACGUCAGAGACUUUAAAGCCAAAGUACAAUACUUCAGAUUCUGGUGCCAGCAACUGGCGAUGCCUCAACACAUCAAGAUCACAGUAUCGAGAAAAACCCUGUUUGAGGACUCCUUCCAGCAGAUAAUGAGCUUUAAUGCUCAAGAUCUGCGAAGAAGACUUUGGAUCAUCUUUCCUGGAGAAGAAGGCCUCGACUAUGGAGGUGUCGCCAGGGAGUGGUUCUUCCUGUUGUCCCAUGAGGUUUUAAACCCCAUGUACUGCUUGUUUGAAUACGCCGGUAAAGAUAACUACUGUCUUCAGAUUAACCCCGCCUCCUACAUAAACCCUGACCACCUCAAGUAUUUCAAGUUCAUCGGACGCUUCAUCGCAAUGGCUCUUUUCCAUGGAAAGUUCAUCGACACUGGUUUCUCGUUGCCCUUUUAUAAGCGCAUCCUGAACAAGCCGUUAGCCCUCAAAGACCUGGAGUCGGUAGACCCUGAGUUCUACAACUCCCUCAUGUGGAUCAAGGAUAACGACAUCGAGGAAUGCGGGCUAGAGAUGUUCUUCUCUGUCGACAAAGAGAUCCUGGGAGAAAUCUCCACCCAUGAGCUGAAACCAGGAGGAGGAGACAUCCAGGUCACUGAGGAGAACAAGGAGGAGUACAUCAGGUUAGUUGCAGAGUGGCGUCUGUCCAGAGGAGUGGAGGAGCAGACGCAGGCUUUCUUCGAAGGCUUUAACGAGGUCCUCCCUCAGCAGUACCUGCAGUAUUUUGACGCUAAAGAGCUGGAGGUGAUGCUGUGUGGUAUGCAGGAGAUCGACCUUACAGACUGGCAAAGAAACACGAUCUACAGACAUUACGCUCGAAGCAGCAAACAGAUCAUCUGGUUCUGGCAGUUUGUAAAGGAGAUGGACAAUGAGAAGAGGAUGAGGCUGCUCCAGUUUGUCUCUGGUACCUGUCGACUGCCUGUCGGAGGCUUCGCUGACCUCAUGGGAAGCAACGGUCCUCAGAAGUUCUGUAUUGAGAAGGUGGGAAAAGAAAACUGGCUUCCUAGAAGUCACACAUGCUUCAACAGACUGGAUUUGCCACCAUACAAGAGCUACGAGCAGCUGAAGGAGAAACUGAUGUUUGCCAUCGAGGAGACGGAAGGCUUCGGCCAGGAGUGAGAGAAAAACCAGAAGCGGUGUGGAUUUAGGAGUCUGAAGGAUUCAAAGACCAUAAGUGUUAAAUUCAGGGAGCCUCUUGAAAAGAGGCGGGUGGAGUUUGACGUGUUUGUGCCCAUGCAUGCAUGCACACACCUGUAUGGUACUUCCAUAGGUGCAGACUGUUGCCUGCAUGUUGAUGCAAAGCAGAGCUGGGGAUUUUUUUUUAUGUCUACUGUGUGUACCAUGCUUGCAGCAGGUCUGAGAGUUUGUAUUCAUUAAACCAAAACACAGAA